AUGACUUGCAAUCGCGUUAAAAUUCACGUGGAUUUCGUAGUGAGAGGUCGUCACUUGCGUUUUGUUUCGUGUCGGCCGCCAUCGGCUCAUUGUACACAUUUUGUUUUGCAAUCAUUGCGCUUAGAAGUUAAGAGGACUGUUACUAUAGCAAUUAUGUCCGCUCAAGCUAAGGAAAAUGAAAAUCAAAUUUUUGACUACAAUUACAAGAAAAAUUUUCGAACGGCCCUACCACAGCUCUUGGCUGUGAGUGUGAAAAACCUUUUAUUAUUAAGUUAUGGAAUGACUCUUGGCUUCACAACUAUCCUCAUACCAGCCGUGAAAGAUCCGAUCGAAGGCGAAGUGCUACAUUUAGAAAACUCUGAAAUAUCAUGGAUAAGUUCAAUCAAUUUAAUUGUGGUGCCGUUGGGUUGCGCCGUGUCCGGCGUGGUCACUACCCCGAUGGGUCGCAGGCGCGCUAUGCAGAUGGUGAACUUACCCUUUUUUAUAGCCUGGCUGAUAUUUCAUUUUUCAACCCACACUGGCCACCUCUACAGUGCUCUUUUCCUUACUGGAUUAGCAGGAGGAUUACUCGAAGCACCAGUACUUACAUAUGUGGCUGAGAUUACACAACCUCACCUCCGAGGCGCGCUGACGGCCACCAGCUCCAUGUGCAUCAUCAUAGGGGUGUUCACACAGUUUCUUUUCGGUUUGCUCAUGUACUGGCGAACUGUGGCUCUCGUUAACAUAACAUUUACGAUACUUUCAGUUGUUGCGCUUUGUUUUGUCCCUGAAUCGCCACAUUGGCUUGUUUGUAGAAAACGAUAUGACGAAGCAAGGAAGAGUUUGCAAUGGCUUCGAGGCUGGACUAGCUCGCAAGCAGUUGAAAAUGAAUUAAAAGAUAUACAGGCGUUAUAUAAACGCAAGAAAGAAGCAACGUCAGAUCAAGAUGAAACGUUCUGGGAAAAAAUAUCAGUUUAUCUUGACAGGAGUUUUUUGGUGCCCUAUUUUCUAGUCUCAUAUAGUUUCUUUGUUGGUCACUUUAGUGGAAUGACUACAUUACAGACGUACGCAGUGUCAAUAUUCCAGAUGCUUCAGGCGCCGAUAGAUAAAUAUUAUGCUACACUCGUUCUAGGAAUAGUGCAAAUACUAGGUUCUGGAAUUUGUGUCCUGUUGGUCCAUUACACAGGGAAGAGACCUUUAACUUUUUUCUCUACUGCAGCUGCUGGAAUAUGUUGCCUUUUGGUUGCGGGUUACGAGGGUUACAUUAAAACUCAUCUGUCGAACAUUAAAACAUUUCAAAACGACACCAUUGAAGGGGCUAAUGACAAUGUUUUGAAUAACCCUUACGCCUGGAUCCCGACAACAUUAUUAAUGUUGCUAGCUCUCGUCACCCACGUUGGAAUAAGACUUCUGCCUUGGAUUUUAAUUGGAGAAGUUUUUAGCGCAAAAACCAGAUCUGGAGCAGCUGGCUUGGCUAGCGCUAUUGGAUAUAUAUUUGGUUUUCUUACAAAUAAAAUCUACAUCAGCAUGGUGGAUACCCUUUCUAUAUGUGGAACAUAUGGCUUCUAUGGGAUAAUAUGUUUAACUGGAUGCGUAGUUUUUUACUUCAUAUUGCCAGAAACUGAAGGAAAAAGAUUAAAUGACAUUGAAAAUCAUUUUUCUGGUGUUAAACGUUUGACUAACGAAGUUUACCGUUUCCAGAAGAAGCAGAAAGUGGAAGAAUCAAAUAUGAGACAUUUAAAAGGUACAAUAAAUCCAUCAUUUGAAGGUGACAGCACUACCUUU